AUGUCUGUUGAACGUAUCAACUCUGACGAAAACUCGAAGUUCACCCACAUCCUUUCACAUGCCACAAAAGUCCCCGGCCUCAUAUUCCUCAGUGGACAGACACCUGUGGACAAGAACGGAAAGCUUGUAGAGGGUGGAAUUAAGGAGCAUACCACUCAAUGCAUCAAAAACCUCGGAAACGUCCUUAGUGCCGCCGGAUCUUCCUGGGAAAAGGUCGUCAAGGUCAAUGUUUAUCUCAAGGACAUGGAUAACUUUGGUGCAAUGAACGAGGUUUACGAAAAGUUGCUUCCCAGUCCUAAACCGGCACGGACCUGCAUUCAGGCUGGAAAGCUUCCGAACGACGUCGAUGUUGAAAUUGAGGCUAUUGCGGCUUAUUGA